AAAAAUUUGAAUGCACCUGCGGCGCCCGUGGUGCUGUUUUUUCUGUGGUUGCAGUUUCUUCCCGGUGUUUGACACCCGCCUCUUCUCCCUUCCUUACGUUUUACAAUGUUUGUUUACGCCCUUCUUACCGUCACGUAGCGGAGGCAUGUGUCAACGUACGACAGUUGUUCGUGACAGGCUGAUUUGACGCUAGCUAAGAGAAAUGGUGUCGCUAGUUUUAUGGGUGACGAAGUUUCUGGUGAGGCAACGGCUUCUCUUCGCAUCGUUCAUCGUUAUCUGGAUCGUCGGCAUGGCGAUAACCAUAUGCUUGAUUGGACGUACUGAUGACGCCAAGGCCAAGUAUCCGGACACCACUGCCGUGCUGUAUAAUGCUGGACAACACAACAUGCAGCUGUCCCACAGCCUUACCAAGGCGAAAGCGAUGAAGUAUUGCAACCCGUACAAUAGUGUGUCACUUUGGCAAGAAGGUAAAGUUCCAAGCAACAAUUUCACUCUGGAAGCUGUAGCCAUAAUGGUGCGGCACGGAGAACGCAUGCCCUUGCGGCGAGUACGCAACCAGCACCUUCUUGGCUGUCGCCAGCCUCCAAGCACGAGCUCACCUUCCAGCUCCAGGAGCAGCCCCUUGCAUUCCUUCGUCUCUCUCAUAAUGAGGCACCCCUUACUCCCACUGAAGAACAUCUUUGCCACCAUCGCAACCCACCCAAACCAGAGCAAUUGCGCAGAAGGCCAGCUCACAUGGGAUGGUGUAGUACAGCACGUAAACAUGGGGGCCAGCCUCCAUGAUGCCUACCACACCGGACCGUGGAGGUUGUUGCCAGAUGACUGGGAUGCACGCUCCGUCAAACUGUACAGCACCGUCUUCUCCCGCACGUACCAGAGUGCCCUGGCAUUCCUCUACGGCUUCCUGCCAAAGUUCUCAUUCGACAGGCUCCACCUGGUGCCCUCACGAGACAUCAACUUCUGCAUGGGCCCGCAUUGCGCCUGUCCGCAGCUCAAGACGUACGAGAGGCUCUUCACACGCAAGACGAAGGUCAUGCUCAAGAACCACCUGGCCGUCGUGCAGCUGCUGAACACGCUUGGCAAGGUGCUGAGCCCACAGGGGAACAACUCGGAGUUUGUCGCGCCGAGGCCGAUCAUGGAUGGAUUGAUGGGCUUCGUGUGCCAGCGCAAGCCGCUGCCCUGUGCCGACCAUCACUGCGCCACCAUGGAGCACGUUGGCAACGUCAUCUCCUACGUGGACUGGGAGGGCCGACAGCUGUCUCAGGACUUGUCUUUUCGCCGGAGCAGCAUUCUCAAGGCACACUACCUGCUGGCCCGAAUUCACAGGGGAUUGCGUGACUUUAUGGAUGGCACGUCCAAGACCAAGUUCCUCUUCUUUUCUGGUCAUGACAUUAACUUGAUCCCUGUGGCGUCGACACUGGGGUUCGACGAUGGCACCACCCCCUACGCUUCGCGGAUUGUCUUGGAGGCGUACAGCAAUGCCAGGAAAGAGCGUUUCAUAAGGAUCCUUUACAAUGGCAAGGAUAUGACUCGUCACACGCACUUCUGCAAGAGCAUCCGUGCUGGUGUUGACACGGAGCUAUGUCCGUUUGGCAAUUUCACCACUUUUCUGCAACAGGAUGUAUUCAAGCUGUUCUCAGCUAAAAGCUUUGCGGCAGCUUGUGGUCUUGAUGGUGUGCGCUCUACACCUACUGCUACAAGUCCAGUCUAAGGAUCAAGAUUCGAAUGACUGAAACAGCACUGAAAGCGCAGUAGUGCAUUUGAAUAUGCCAAAGUGCGGUUUUCACAUAUUUGUGGGUAGAGGACAUGCGAGCCUUGCUGCAGUGUGAGGUGCGUGAUAUUUUGUCGGCAUUGUUGCUUCAGUCUCUAGCUUGCUGUUAAUGAUCGCCAUGCAAUCAGAUACGAAAGCUGUGAAUCUUAGGUGAUGAGCAUGAUAACUUAAGCUGACAAAAGUGGUCCAGCAUUCAAGCAAAUUUAUGGCAUGUUGAAAGAAUGCAGUUAACUUCACUUUCCAGCAUCUGUAACAUGCACCUUGUCUCAGGAAAAGUAUAUUCCCUGGAAGUUCUUUGGAACAGCUAUAGAACUCGUUCAAAACCUGAUGCCAUGUUAUUAUGUUGAGACGUGCAGCACCAUAGGCUAGAAUGAGUGCUUCAGGCUGUUUAAGGGCUUCGAUUUGUUGGCCAAGGUGUGUGCAUUUCUUUUUCCCUUCUCUGUUGCAUUGUAAGCUGCCUUCGAAUAGGUAUGCCCAGCUUAAAGGGACUACUGCUUAUCUGUGUUGCAUUGUAAAGCUAGAUCCGGUAUGAAAGCCCAGUUGUAAGGCGCUGCUGACGCCAUGUGUGACUUAAGUAAUCUCUCCCUGUGGCUCAUGAGGGAUAACAUAGGACAUGUGUAGCCUCACUUGCUUGCUUUAUUUUGCUUAUACUUCACUAUGUUUGACUUUUAUCUUCAAUUUGCUGUGACAAAAUCGCGUUUGAGGGCUUUUAACUGAAUCUUAAAUGUGCGUUCCUUUAUUGCUGGGGAAUUCUCUUGGGAUGGCCUUUUAACACUGCUGACUUGCACAGCCAUUGAUGUCGUGUUCAUUAUUUCUUUGUACAAUGCUGUAUAAGUAAUUGUGAUUAUGACUGGCUUCACACACGCAGUCAAUCCCAUAUUUCGGCAUCAUUUUUGUUCUUUGUGCUAGCAGGUGGCACAAUGUCAAAACAAGUGGCACCUUGGUGUUUGUCACGCCAGAUAAGUUUAAUUGUCGUGUUUGGAUGCACACGGCUUCGAUUUGCGUGUUGGAAACCAGUUAUGCGAUUUAUCGGUUUAAUUACUGCAGUAGAAACAAUGAGUAUAUGCUUGCAAGGAAAAUACCUGAACUUAAUAUUUUGUUCCAGCAUUGAUGCUAACUUUGUGUCGCAAACAUGCCAUUCUGCCCUUGAACUUGACAUUGGAUUCCCAUUAAACAUUUCCAAACUCAAAAGAAUAGGAAGUCAUAGUUUCUACUCUUUCAUAACUAGGACUGGGCAAACUUGUGCUGCUUUUGCAAUACUUCUGUUGCCUGAUGACACAGGCACUUUAUUGUCAAUUCACGCUAUGAAGUUAGCUUUGGUUCUUGCAACGAAGAUAUUUAGUUUUUUAACUUUCUUGAUUGCUUUUUUUGUUAUGUAGCAGAAUGGGGCCAACUUGCCAGUGGCAAUACUUCUGACACAUUGUCAGCCAUUGCUUAUGUACUAGAGACUGAGAUAGUGCUAUUUCUGUUUGAUUCCCCUUUUUGGUUCACUGUGAUAUGUACAAUUUAUUGUUUACAUUGACACUCAGAUGCAUCUGAAGUCAAAUGAUGUUGUCAAUUAUGCGUGAUCUGCAACUUCCUGUUGUGUGCACUUGCUACUAAAGAGAUUAGUUGCUAAGAUUGUGCGAUACCUUGUUACAGUUUAGCCCUCAAUAAUACAGCGAAAAGACCGGCCUUGGUGCUAGUUUUACCAUGUCGCCAUUACGGCAGGUCCCUGCUUUUGGGUGCAGGGCCAUCUACCAUACCAGCACCUCCUCUAACUAGAUGCCUGGGACUUCAGCCAAAAACUUGCUACCUUUCCCCUUUCCUCCUUUCCAUUUGGUACCACCACUAGAGCCCCUUGUGGUGGAUGCUUGCGACACACCGGCCACCGCGCCGCCGCAGGUAAAACUCGAGCAGACGACAGCCGCAUGUUGUGAUCUAUGCGUAACCACACAAAACUCACGGUUUUUCAUAGUUCACUCAACUUACCACCGUACAUUUCGCUGUACAAAAACAAUACUAUAAAAAAUAAAGGGCACAGUACGGUGAAAAGUGCCAAAUAAUCUGGCCUAGCUUGCAGAAGGUGUGCUUAUUCUCUGCCAGACACAAUAAGUUCGUCUUUUUGCUGGGCAGCUUGGUGCUUACUGCCAUGUCCGUUUUUCUGAAAGUCUUUCGCCUUGUUUUUAUGCUUUCAUGCACAGAUAUGUUUUAUUGAGCCAAAUGUCAUUUUAAUCGCUCAGUAAUGCGCCAUUGCUGCAUGCCACAAUUAUCGUCUAGUCAGGAGAAAGCGAGAUCUGGGCAUGUCUUUCCAUGAAUUACCUUCUGACAGCAGUCUGCAUGAGCAGUGGCUAAGGCAUUUUUGAAUAAGGGUUACGUGCCAUCAAGUUACCCUCUUGUGCUCUGUAGUGUGCAGUCAGUACUUCCACACUGUGUACUUCAGGAAAGACUCGUGAAGCGGCUGCUGAAGCCAUUUGGCAAGCCCAGUGUUUUCAAUCAACUCGGGCCUCAUUACACCGCGGCCUCUUGUGCUGUCCACGAGCAUGGAAGCUACUGACCCAGCUUGCCGGCAACAAGCUGCGCCUACGGGAGUCGCGUGACUCCAGUGGUUCGGGUGCAAGCGCUACCCCGUGGUUCUGGCUCGCAGCGUGCGGCAAGCAGGGCACCACCAAUGGGAAAAGGGAAGUGAUGUCCCCAGCAUCUAGUUAGAGGAGGCGCUGACCAUACCAUGGCAGACAACACUCCUCACCAUGGAACCUUUGCCAGCUCAGCUUUGCAUCGUAGAAGCUCACUAUGAAGUUACCAAACCUCUCAAAACAUGGCUACUCUCUAUUAAUGGCUGCUCAGGAGUGAGGGACUUUAGCUCCUUGCUUAUCACACAGCUCUCUUUAAGGGUACUGUUCCCUUCCAGUAUGUGUUUUUCACGAAGUAUCACACACUGGGUAAAUUUGUAACCAUUUUCAGCUAGCUAGAGUGAACCAUGCAUCCUCAAGUUCCCCCCCCCCCUCCCCUGUUUUAAUGUGCAUGCCUAUGUGAGUGACAAGUUCCCCAUUGUCAUCUCAUUUUUCUGAAUUCACAUGUUGCAGCAAUAAGAACCUCCUGAAACACGCCAUUGUAUGAGUAUGCUUGCCAUUAACGGCAAUGAAAACCAUGGGAGAGAUCCACAAUGUGGCUUGCCUCAACACUCGGCUCAAAGUUCCUUCAUACCGUAGCAUAAUCGUGAGGCAGUGAAAAGUAGCAUGGGGGUGUGCUGUGGGCGUCAUGAGAGAUCGGUCUAUUGGGCAUUUCAAACUAAAACAGUGCCGAGCCAUGCGAUUACUUCUCAGAAAAGUUUACAGAGUACAAGCUUCUUUCAUUAUAUCUAGUCAGAAAUGGCUUGAGAAUCAAAUUUUGUUCUCUCACAGCAUGUAUAAGCUUUUCCUUUAGGGAUUAAGUGUCAUGUUGCACAGAAGGACUUGAGAUUGCUGCAACAUUAGUUCUGAACAAACACAUUGAAUUGUGACAUGGCAGCUGUUCAAGCACAUUAACCCACCUGAUCUGUAACAAAUACAUAUUUCUGAAAUGUAUGCUAAUUUUUGUAUACAUACGUUAUAAUGAAUAAUAUGUACAGGCAGUCCAAGAACAAAAAAACUACACUGCAGUAUGUCAUUGCUUACUGCAGUCUGUUACAAGCUGUAACAAAUUAAAGUAUAACCUUGUGUUUGUUCAUGUGUUUCUUUUUUUAACAACAUAGACUGCUUACACUAUAUAUAUGCCAUGUCGCGCACAUAAACAUAUGUGCUGUUCUGUGCUUAUACUAUGAAAAGCAGCACUCUUAGGCAGCACUGGGCAACAAUUAAGGCAUGAUCUGUGCAAGUUGCUCUGCAUAUAUGAAGUUUGCAUUGGUAUAUAU